UUGGCCCAGCCCAGGCUGCACCUGCCCCUAGCCAGCAGGCCCUUAGCGCAAAGUCCGGGGGCCCAGGCCAAGGAGGCAGCAGUCGGAACGCAGGUAGCUGCCCGCCCUCGGCCAGGCAAGAUGCCCCUGGGGCUGCUGAGAAAGAAGAAACCCAAGAGCAAGGAGACCUCUCGGCUGGUGGAGGGCGAGCAGGCGGAUGCGGCUGGCAGCAGCCUCCCCCACCCCACGGUGCCCACCCGCAGGCUGGUUUUCCACACGCAGCUGGCCCACGGCAGCGCCACGGGCAGAGUAGAGGAUUUCUCCAGCAUCAAGGAGCUCUAUGCCAAGAUCGCGGGCGUGUUUGAGAUCUCGCCGUCCGAGAUCUUAUAUUGCACUUUAAACACACCUAGAGUUGACAUGGGAAAACUCUUAGGAACACAGAUAGGUCUUGAAGAUUUCAUAUUUGCCCAUGUGAAAGGGAUCAAAAAAGAAGUGAAUGUGUAUAAAUCUGAGGAUUCGCUUGGUCUCACUAUUACAGAUAAUGGUGCUGGCUAUGCUUUUAUAAAGAGAAUUAAAGAUGGCAGUGUAAUUGACUCUGUUAAAACAAUCUGUGUGGGGGACCACAUCGAAUCCAUCAAUGGAGAAAAUAUCGUUGGGUGGCGUCACUUUGAUGUUGCCAAGAAGUUAAAGGAAUUAAGAAAAGAGGAACUCUUUACCUUGAAGUUAAUAGAACCUAAGAAGGCCUUUGAAAUUGAGCCCAGAUCAAAAGCUGGAAAGUCAUCAACAGAAAAGAUUGGUACUGGAAGGGAGACGCUUCGCCUGAGAUCAAAAGGUCCUGCCACCGUGGAAGAAGUGCCCUCUGAAGCCAAAACAAAGGCAAUUGAAAAGAUUGAUGAUCUUCUUGAAUUGUACAUGGGAAUUCGAGAUAUCGAUUUAGCUACCACAAUGUUUGAAGCUGGAAAGGACAAAGGUAACCCAGAUGAAUUUGCGGUGGCACUUGAUGAAACUCUUGGAGACUUUGCGUUCCCAGAUGAAUUUGUUUUUGAUGUUUGGGGAGUCAUUGGUGAUGCCAAACGAGAAUGACCAUGAUGUGAAUCAUCAUCUCUGGAGGAAUGAACCGUGGUUCCUUAAAAAAAACAGUAAGACCUGCUUUUAGACACUGUUAUGGACUCUGGUUUGGUUUUCUGUGUAUGAAAUACAUGUUCUAAGUAUAAUUCUCAAUGUAACUUUGAUUUCUGGGCAUUAAUGCAGUUGCACAUGUAGUAUGCUUAAUAUAAAUUGCCUAAAAGGUGAUCGAUUUUAAUAUUCAUUCAAAAGCUUUUUUAAAGUUAGUUUCAGGAGUAUUUCUAGAUAGGUUAUUAUUAUUAUUUUUGUUUUUUGCUUUUUGGGGCCCCACCUGUGG